GAGUCUGACGGGAGCAGCUGCCAGAGAGCGACCGGGCCGGCAGACCCUCCCUGACUUCUGAACUAGUCAGUGUGUGCUGUGGAGACGAGGAAGUUGGGUGUGUGUUCCUCGCUCUCUGCACAACAUAACUUGGCUGUUCUUACGUGUGCACCGGACUUUGGACUUUACCAAUUAUCAACACAAGUGUUAUCGAGUAUAUUCGUGUGCUACAGACAUUUGAGAAUUUAGCAGUAUAUUGCUAAUUAAGUGACACUGUGAUUUUUUGUUUAUUAAAAUAUAAGAAAUAUUUUUGCAAAGUGACUGAUGCUACAAGUGCACCAAGUUUGGAUUUGCUGUGACAGUCUGCCUCAAGUGUUACCUCGUGUGUUGCCUGCCUCUACAUAAAAGGACAACCCAGAUUCUAGAGGAAUCUGGGUCCUGCAGAAGCCUUGAAUUUAAGGCUAAGCCUAACUCAAUCCUAGUCUCAGUACAGUUCUGAAGAUGGAGGACUUGUACUGUUCCGAGGCUCCCGCCUGCUCGGAGGGACCCAUCGCUCUUCAGGACAACACGCUGCUUGAGGACUCCAGAAUUCUUAACAACCUGUUGCAGCUGCAGCCCUUCACCAUCCCCCCACAGAACUACUUCCUUCACAUACAAAGUGACAUUCAACCUUACAUGCGGAAGGCUGUCACAAAGUGGAUGUGGGAAGUGUGUGAAGAGGAGGGAUGUGAAGAACAGGUCUUUGCUGUGGCCAUCAACCUCCUCGACAGGUUCUUGUGUGCCUGCGUAAUACAGAGGACGCAACUACAGCUUCUCGGUUCAGUGUGUCUCCUGCUGGCGUCCAAGCUCCGGCAGUGUCGACCACUCUCCGUGGACAACCUCACCUUUUAUACCGACUACUCCGUCAGUCAACAGGAGAUCAGGAGUUGGGAACUGUUGCUCGUCUCCAAGCUGGGAUGGGAUCUGGCGCCUAUCACAGCUUUCGACUUCGUUGAUCACCUCCUGUGCAGGGUUCCUUUCCUCGGGUGUGAUCCUGCCGUCACCAGGAAACACGCCACCACCUUCCUCGCCCUGGCCGUCAUUGAACCAGAAUUCCUACAAGUAGAACCAUCUGCGCUUGCUGUGGCCUCCAUCAUCUCAGCUGUGCGAGGACUGAUUCCCCUGUCCGAGUGCACCGCUGCCCUUACCACCUUCGCAGCGGCUGUUAACCUCGACCCUCAUGCGCUUCAUGCUUUAGUCAACCAAGUAGAUCUGGUCGUCGAGAGAGAAGCCAUGCUGGUGCCCAGUCCUGUGUCCACUCAACAGACACAACAGCCUCUCACCCCAACAAACAAACAGCAGCCACCAGAACCAAUGGAGUUUUUUGAUGUACAGAAGACUCCCACAGAAGUUACGGAUAUUCACUUCUGAUGUCGAGACAGACGACAGUAGCGGAUGGCGCUGCUGCUUGGAGUCGUCGAGUCCGCCUUGUGAGUGCUUGGUUAUUAAACCCGUAAUAGACGUGUUGCCGGGACGCGGGCCUCGCUGCUUCCACCUUCAGCUCAGGUACAAAGUGGGUCGGUGAAGCCUUCGUGCAAGUCCAGACAAAGCUAAACAUGAGUGUUUCUCAGGAUGCAGACAUCACACCACAUCAGCGUGAAUUCCUUUGGCGAGGAUUCACAUACACACAUACAUUUUUUUUUUUUUUAUCAAGGGACUUGAAGCCAAACCAAAGACAUGAUGAAGGUGGGGUGGUGGUGGUUCUUUUGGGUUGGGUCCUCACUGCCAGACGUUUACAUGAAAAAAAAAAAAAAAAAUUCUAGGGGAAAGUUCAGCGCCAUCUCUUGUAACCCUGAGAGCCGGCACGCGUCCUCCAGGCAGGGCGAUCUGGCUCAUACCAAAUGGUGUAGAUCUCAGUCAUAUUUUGUAUCCAGUCAAAGUCACGGGCGGGGACACAUGAGGGUAGGUCACCCUCAGCUGUCAGGUAACUCAUGUCACUUAAACACACACACAAAAGUAAAGAAUUAAAUUUCAAUCAUAGUACUAUGAAACAUAGAAGCAAAUCUGCAUUUAUUUUGAGAUAUUGUGACUGACUUGAGUUACAAAAGCAGCAAUCCUUCGUCCCGUUCCGGGAGAGCAGUAGUGUAAUGUGAUAGCUGCUUCAAAGUCAGUCAAAAUACUGUGAUGAAGUUGGGACCGAACUGUCCUAUUAUGACACUGAUUUAGCUGCUGCAUCACACCUGCUCGGAAAAGUUCCUGUGUGGGACCCCAAAGUGCGUUGGAUAAAACGUGUCAGUAUUAUUAAGUAAUAAUCAAAUCUAUGUUAAUGAGAUGUCAGAACUAAGGUGCUGUAAAUUUCGAUUCUCAGUGUUUGUUCAAGCCUGAAAUACACCUGUCCCAGAACAAGGUGCCGGGCAUUACUUCCGCCAGGUGCUCUCGCUCAGUCUGUGUGCCGGGCAAGCAUAAUGCAGGAACAAAUUCUUAUGAUCUCGUCGGUUGUGUGAGGAAAUAAUGCACAAAUUUUGUACUCUUGUAUAAAUUGUAUCAUGUAUAUAGUGUAAUUACUUUGUUAAUAUUGCUACCAUAGGCUAUUCUAUAAUAUAUAUUUUGAAGUGUUAUAGUGUCACUUCGAUGAAAGAGGAAUCUUCGUUCUUUGAACAAGGAAUCUUUGAGUAACGUUACACAUUGAGUUAACGCCAUUCACACUGCACUGGUCUCCGGAAGAGUCCUUUGUGUUGACUCCAAGUUACCUGAAGAAGUGCCUUGUGAAAAAUCAGUGCCUUCAUUUGUUGAGUAUGUGAAAACUUCAGGCUUAUUGCUUGCCUUCUUUAUUCUGUACGGUAAAUUGUGCCUUAAAAUUGUUUCUUAACAAAUAUUGAUUAUUUUCUCGUUUGUACUUAAGACAUUUUCCGUCAUAAUUUGUUAAGAGAACUAUAUUUGAUACUCUGAUUCAUGCACUGCGAGGAGCAGACAUGUUUUCAAUAAUGUAAAAACAAUGUUUCAUGACAAAAAAAAAAUCUUGUAUGCUAUUUAUGUUUGAGUGUCAGGGUGUGAGGGGCAGGGCGGGGCCUGCCUGGGCCGGCCCGCGAAGCCUGCUAGCGGCCGUAGCUCUAGUGUAGUGUUGAGCCUGGUGUCUCAGGUGUUCUCUAGUCGCGUUUUCUUGUUGCUGAAGGGUCUCGUUUUGAUGGCUCGAGUUCACUUGUACGUUUUUUUUUUUUCAAAUUUGAAAGUUUUUUUUUUAUAUAUAUUUAACAUCCUAUGAUAAAUGUUUUAUAGGUUCCUUAAGAUAUGGGUCCUUGUUUUGUUUAAAGUUUUAUCGCAAGUACUGGUCCUCAGUAACAGCCGUCAUGGGUAGUCUUUUUGCAGCAAGUUGACAAUGUUUAAGCUAUGACGUACCUCUCAGCCACGGGGACGCCAUAGGCUGUUAAGGUACAACGUGAAGGAAAGUCAGUGAGUGGUCCCUGACGCACACUGAAACACUGCCGCGCCUCGUGGAAGGCGCCUCUCCUAAACUAAGCUCAGUGGUUAAUACACUGUACAAAGUAAUGCACCUCACUGGUACCGCGUGUCCCAGUGCCACCUAGUACAACCACUGGAGCAGCUGUUAGUCGCAGCGCUCAGGAAGCUGCUUCACCGCGUAUGGUUGGUAGACCAAGCUAUGCAUUAAGUGAUUGAAAAAUGAUAUUUGUACUCGAUUAAUGUUUAUGUUCCGUGAAAAAAUUUACUUCGUAUCUUGGGAUGUAAUUAUUUAUAUUAUAAGCUGUGUUCUGAUCAAUAAAAUGAGAAGUUCAAA